AUGCCUUCCGGUCUCGCAAAGAGUACAUCGCAUCCUCAUACAGUAGUCAUCACCGACUCCAAUAAUUACACCAACGUACAAUAUCACCACUCGUGCAACAGAGGCCUCUCUAGCCGCCCUCGACGAAGACCUGCCCAAGCACCACCAUCUAGUACACACAAUGACCCAAAUUUGACGCCCAGCGACGACUUCUUCAGCCCACCGCCCAUCCCUAGUUUUAUGUCACCGACGACCGACUGGAACGCCUUCUCACAAUCAAUAACUGGAGCUGCACAAGCGCAAGCUGCCGCAGCCAUUGCAAAUGCGCAACGGUCUUUCCCCCGUGCUCACCCCGCCUACGCACAAAGGCCACUACAGCACCCCGCAUUCUACUAUCCUUCUCCUCCAUCGCGGCCCCCAGCGCCCAGUCCAGCGUCUAAAUUGGAUUUGUCUGGCAGUGCAAAGAACAAUGGGAAGCGCAAACCUAAUACCCCAUCAGCUAAGCCGCAUAGAUGUAGCAAUAAAUGCAGACACCCAUCUAGCGCUCCGAUGCACGAACGCCAAUGGUCCCCACCGCACUGGAGCCACCACGCGGCGUCCUCUCACGCAGGUGAAGGUAGCUCAGCAUAUGCUACUAACAAUACUCCAAUGUCAAUGCCAGAGCCUAUGAUAUUCCCAUCACCCCAGCCAAUGUCGGCGCCUCAGGUCAUCAGCGGUGUCAAUUGCAUUGUCUCGAAUAUCAACUCUGGGAAUUGUAAAUCCGUCGUUAUCACCAAUGCGAGGAAUGCCUCUGGAAGGUCUGGGAAUAGGAAGAGUGGUACAACUGCUACCCAGCGCGUCCGAGCGGGAACUGGGACUGGGACUGGAACUGAACCGGGAACCGGGAAGAGGACUGUGCAUACGUCCAGAACAACGAUAUCUCAUAAUUACUCUGUCAGGAGCAGAAAUAAUGGUAAUGUGAGGAUACAUAUCAACGGAGAACCUGUUCUGGAGCAAGUUAUUCAAGAGGUCUGGGACUCGAACUCGGACUCGGACUCGGACUCGGACAGUAACAGUACCACGCAAUCUAUAGGCAGUCAAGAAGAUGAAAACGAGCACAGAUCUCCUCCCAACCCUCUUUCACAAUCCCAAAGCAUGCCGGAUGAACAUGGACAUGGUCAAGCUCAGAACGCCAUCCCCAACUUCCCACCUCCAGCGUACACUGUUAUCGUCGAUAACGCGAGUAAUGGCUCUGGAUCUACGAAGGCCAAGUCAAAGUUCUGGCAUUAA